AUGAAUCUUGGCUUCCCGAUCCUGCUGUGUGCGGCUCCCAUGGUAGUUCACACAGGAUCUUGUCCCUUCCUGGCUGACUCACUGGUGGGCUCAAGGAUUCUCACCCGGCGGUGGGGCGCCUCUUUGGCGUACAGCGAGAUGCUCUUCAGCGAGCGGAUCGUGGAAGAAGAAGAUUACUUAGCAGAGAAGCUUCAGAGUUGCAUGGAGGACCGGCCACUCAUCGUUCAAAUAUGCGGUAACGACCCAUCGAUCAUGGCGAGAGCAGCCUGCUUGAUUGAAGACUUCUGCAACAACAAGAGCCAUGGCGUAGAUGCAAUCGACAUCAAUCUUGGUUGUCCUCAGAAAAGAGCCGCAGAGGGGCACUAUGGCUCUUAUCUUCUAGAAAAGAAAGAUUGGAAGCUCGUACAGGAAAUCGUUGAAUCUAUGAGCAAGAGUGUAAAUAUCCCGAUAUCAUGUAAAAUUCGCCUUCUACAGACUGAAAGUCAGACGGUAGAGUUUGCAAAGCUCUUGGAAGCCGCUGGCUGCUCCCUUCUAGCUGUGCAUGGCAGGCAGCGGAGACAUGGCAGGAAGGGACCUGCUGAUCUUGAUCAGAUCGCGGCAGUGAAGAGAGCAUUGACUAUUCCAGUGAUAGCCAACGGAAACGUGAGAUCGCCGGAAGACAUCUGGAUCAAUCUAGAGAAGACGAGAGCAGAUGGGAUAAUGAGCGCAGAAGGACUGCUAGCCAACCCUGCUAUCUUCAAGGUGCACGAAUGGUAUCGGAGUGCUGAACUGAUGCGCAAGCGCUAG